AGGCCACAACUACUUCCGUACUGAUGGCUAGAGUGAAUGUCGAAAGAAAGUCCGUGCAAAAGACCACCAAUCUAUAGUGGUCCCAAAUACCAACAAUCAAGAUACUUUAUGAUCGCGGGGACCUCAGCCCUGACUAUUUAUCUUGAAGAGCGUCACGGCAAGCGUCUAACACCGACUGAUGGAAUCAAUCCUUGAUAGAAGAAAGACCAUUACGAGGACUAACGAGGAAGAGGCUGAUCCAGAUUAUUCAUGUCUCAUCAUACAUCCUAGUUCUCAUUCUUUUAUCCAUCAUGUCCCCAUUAUCCGACUGUUUGUUUCCUGUGGUUAAACUGGGUAUAUGAAUUAUUGGGCAUAAGUCUAUGAGCAUCUAAUUCUGGCUGAUCCAGCAUGCCCACGUCUUAUUCAUUGCUAUCGCAUUUUCAUAUUCUAUCCCUCCAAAACUCCUAUAUUAUGUAUUUAAAAUUAUGUAUACAGAUCCUGUUUGUUUAUCAGAGUACCCUGUGAUUUCAUUGGCGGUUAUUUCAAGUUAUCUCGUCAUAUUGUUGCAUUUGUUACUAUCAAGUUCGUUGUACUCAUUACUCCAUACGCACAUCUGUUGAUAUCGCAUUUGAAAGAGUAUGU